GAUCUCCUUCAUAUAUAGAAGUAUUGUUAUGUCCUUUUCAAUGUCCAUACCUGUUAAUUUGGACCCAUCAAUUCUAUUUAGUUAAGCUCCCAAUCCAUUCAUGUGAGAACUCUUAAGAAGAAAAGUCUCGGACGUUCUAGUAUGAAAGUUCCUUUUCCAUUCAUGUGAGAACUCUUAAGAAGAAAAGUCUCGGACGUUCUAGUAUGAAAGUUCCUUUUCUUGAGACUCCUGCCUUCGUUCUGCCUACCUCGCUUUUCUCUUUAACUUUCAUAUUAUCUAAACAUUCAAGUGGCCUAUCAUUUUUAAGAGUCAGCAAAAGUUUCUGCAAGUAUUAGCAAAAUUCCAUCAGAGUCAAUAAUGGAUGGUUUAGGAAUGCUUCUCAAUUUCUUGCUUGUAGUCGCCAUCUUCCCGUCUUGUUAUUGCAUUGAUGCUAUCACCAUCGAUCAAUCCUUAACUGAUGUCAAUGUUUUGGUUUCCCAAAAUGGUGUUUUUGCUUUAGGAUUUUUCAGCCCAGAUAACUCUAAGUUUAAAUAUGUUGGCAUUUGGUAUCAUAAACUGCCAGGACAAACAGUGGUGUGGGUGGCAAAUAGAAAUAAUCCAAUUCAUGAUUCGUCAGGAGCCCUAUCCAUAAGCCUGGACGGAAACCUUGUUCUACAUAAUGAGCAUGACCGGAAGGUUCCUAUGUGGUCCACUAAUGUUUCAAUGGAAAGGACAGAGAGUUGUGUAGCUCAUCUUUUAGAUACAGGAAAUCUGGUUUUGGUUCAAAAUGAAAGUAAAAAAAUUGUUUGGCAAAGCUUUGAUUAUCCUACUGAUACUAUGCUUCCAGGUCUGAAAAUUGGCUUGGAUUGGAAAAGUGGCCUGUAUAGAUUCUUAACAUCAUGGAGAUCGGUGCAUGACCCAGGAACUGGGGACUGGUCGUAUAAGCUAAAUCCUAAUGGCUCUCCCCAGUUCUUCUUGUACAAGGGUUUAACCAAGAUUUGGAGAAGUAGCCCAUGGCCUUGGGAUCCUGCACCAACGCCCGGUUAUUUGCCUACUUCUGCUAACAAUCAAGAUGAGAUAUAUUACACCUUCAUUUUGGAUGAAGAAUUUAUUCUCUCAAGAAUUGUGCUUAAGAACUCUGGAUUAAUCCAGCGGCUCACCUGGGAUAAUAGCUCUAGUCAAUGGAGAGUCUCCCGGUCAGAACCUAAGUACAUAUAUGGACAUUGUGGUGCAAAUAGUAUGUUGAAUUCUAACAACCUUGAUAGUCUCGAGUGCAUAUGCCUGCCAGGUUAUGAGCCCAAGUCCUUGAAGAAUUGGUAUCUCAGAGAUGGUUCUGCUGGGUGUGUGAGGAAGCGACAGCAAACAACAUCAAUCUGCAGAAAUGGAGAAGGGUUUAUUAAGGUUGAGCAAGUGAAGCUUCCUGAUACUUCAAUAGCAGUCCUACUGAACAAGAGUUUGAGUAGUACAGAGUGUGAACAACUGUGCUUGGGAAAUUGUUCCUGCAAAGCAUUUGCAAGCUUGGAUAUCGAGAGGAAAGGAUAUGGAUGCUUGACAUGGUAUGGGGAGUUAAUGGACACAGUGGAGUAUACAGAGGGACACGAUAUGUAUGUCCGGGUGGACGCAGCAGAGUUAGCUGAGAAUGCCAGGAAAAGAGGAGGUUUUCUGAAAAGGAACGGGAUGGUGGUCAUUCCACUUUUAUCUGCCGCUCUAAAUAUGCUUCUCAUCAUCUUAUUUGUGAAAUUUUGGCUAAGGAAGAUGAGGAAACAAAAAGUAAAGAAGAAAUGGACCAAGAGAUUAUUGUCUACGCUCGUGGCAGAUGACCUUGUAGAGAGCAGACAGCCUUCAGAUACGCCAUUUUUUGAUCUAUACAUCAUAUCUGCUGCCACUCACAAUUUCAGUCCUGCAAACAAACUUGGACAGGGUGGUUUUGGAUCAGUUUAUAUGGGUCGGCUACUUGAUGGGAGAGAGAUUGCUGUAAAAAGAUUAUCCCAGACUUCAGGACAAGGGAUGGAAGAAUUCAAAAAUGAAGUCUUGCUGCUUACAAGACUUCAACACAGGAAUCUUGUGAAACUUCUAGGAUGUUGCAUUGAAGGAGAGGAGCAAAUGUUAAUUUAUGAAUACUUGCCCAACAAAAGCUUGGACUACUUUAUCUUUGAUCAUAGUAGAAUAUCAGUCUUGGAUUGGAGAAAAUGCUUUGAUAUAAUAGUAGGAAUUGCUCGUGGAAUUUUAUAUCUUCAUCAUGACUCAAGAUUGAGAAUCAUUCAUAGAGAUUUAAAACCCAGCAAUAUAUUAUUAGAUGCUGAUAUGAAACCAAAAAUCUCUGAUUUUGGCAUGGCUAGGAUAUUCAAGGAGGAUGAAUUUCAAGUUAAGACUAACCGAGUUGUUGGAACAUAUGGUUAUAUGGCACCAGAAUAUGCGAUGUUUGGGAAAUUUUCUACAAAAUCAGACAUCUUUAGUUUUGGGGUUAUAUUGUUGGAGAUCAUAAGUGGCAAGAGGAGCAAUACUUCUUUUCCGGAGGACCCUUCACUGACUUUAAUUGGGCAUGUGUGGAAUUUAUGGAGAGAAGACAGAACCCUGGAAAUAGUUGAUUCAUCAUUAAUAGAGUCAGCUGUGCCUUGCCAAGUAGUCAGAUGCGUUCAAAUUGGGCUAUUGUGUGUGCAAGAAGAUGCAACAAGUCGACCCACCAUGCCAAUUGUUGUUCUCAUGCUAAAUGGUGAAACAGCCCUUCCUUGUCCGAAACAACCUGCAUUUCUAUUAGGAAGAAAUUGCAAAAAUCCUAAUGGGUCAAAUCCAGUAGGCAAUUGCUCUUUGAACGAGGUAACAAUCACACAGAUUGUAGCCCGGUAGAGACAAUUUCUCUUUAACCUUGCAGGAAUUGUUAUCACAGGGCAGGUAUUUGGAACUUCAUUCAUUGUUCCAUCCAUCUCUGAGCAAGAUUGUAUAUGAAAUACAGGAAAAAAAUGAACAAUUUAAUGUAUUUAUUCAUUCAUUUUUUGCUUUUUUUUUUUUCUUUUGAGGAAGAACAAUAUCAUGUAUUAAAUGAACCACCAGGCAGUUGAGCUUUUUAAAGAGGGAAAAGACCCAUGACAACAACAUGAGUGCUCAGCUAGCAACUCCUUUUUUCCAUGGAGGCAAAGUUCAAUCAAUUUCUUUUUUGUUUUAUUUCAGUGAUAAAAGAGUUAUGAUUCUAGAAA